AUGACCCUAUCAGUGGAGGUCCUGAGGUCUCAUCAGACCCAGAUCCGAAGGGGAAAAGAGUUAGAGACUGAACAGAAGGCAACUUCUGAAAACGAGUCUAGUACACCAAAAGUAGAUGUAGAACCCCAGAUGGAGGAUCGAAGUGUAGCGAAGGAGGAUGAACUUCAACCAGGAGAAGGACAGUUUAGAGUGCCUGAAGAAACAAGAAGUAGAAAAUUUAGAUCCUCGUUCUCUGGACAGCCGGGGAUAAGGAGUUUUGGGGGAAUGAGCCAACAUAGUUUGAGUCGAAAGAAGUCCAAACUUGUAGCUAAACAAAGUGGUAGAUCAGUAUCAGGUCGUGCUAGCGAGUCGGUGGCUAGUACGGGGAGGAAACCGCUGUGUGUAAACUGUGGUAAACCUCAUACAGAAGUAUGCUACGGUAAUAGGAAUGUGUGUUUCCAGUGCGGACAAGCUGGGCAUUUCAGAAGAGAUUGUCCUCAGCUAAGUCGUGGAACAAAAAAUGAACAAAGACAAGGAACACAGACACUAAACCAACCUAGAACGACUGGAACUAGAAGUGAGGCCGGUUGUAGCUAA